UGUAUCGGACCACCUAUCCAUCUCAUCAUGAAGGCCAUUAUCUUCCUGUGUCUUGUUGCCCUGUCCGCGGCCGACCAAAACGCCAGGAUUGUGAAUUACCAGUCCGGAAUUGAAGAGGAUGGCUCGUACGCAGCACAAUUUGAAACCACAAAUGGCAUCAAGGCCCAGGAGGACGGCAUUUCUUACCCUGGAAAUGUCCCUGAAGCUGGCAACUACGUGAGGAGCGGCUCGUACUCGUACGAAUGGGAGGGCGUCACCUACACGGUCACGUGGACGGCCGACGAGAACGGCUUCCACCCGGAGGGGGACCACCUGCCCGACUUCAGCCACACCCGCGAGCACAUCGGUGGAGUGGAGGAUCAUCUGUAGACGAGUAGCGGCCUGUAGAGACUUUUGUAUAGGUUAUCACGAAUCCUAUUGACUGCCGAAGACUCUUGUGUCUGAAACUGUCUUUUCUCCUCCUUAGAUACUGCGAUAGUAGUGCUCCUUGAAUAGCCGCCGAGUUUGUGCGAUGAGAUUGGCCAUGCUCAAUGCUCAUGUCAGUGUUUGUGAUUCCUUUAAUUAUGUGUUCAUCAUCUUUUCAAAUGUUGUGCAGUGGUCCUGUGUUGCAACUGUUAUUUUGGGUGAAAUGACAAUAAAUAUGUUUACGCGCGUAAAUAUUUACGGAGCGAGCGAAG